AUGUUACUAUCUGCAGAGGACUUGGGUGCAGAGGAGUGGGACCGGAUACAGAGAGCCGUUCAGUGGGGUGGACCGGACCAGCAGAAUACCACUGUAAACAUGAGCACCAGUCCGAACCACACCACCUUUGUUAUCAAUAACUUUAAGGACAGUUACUCUGUGGGAGAGGAGCUCCAUGUCACCAUUGUUGCCAAGGACUUCACUGGAAGGCCCAAAACCUAUGGAGGAGAUUUCUUCAAAGUAAAGGUUUAUUCAGACAAAUUAAAGGCUAGUGUGUUUGGAGAGGUGCUGGAUCAUCAGAAUGGCACCUACUUGGCCCGGUUUACCCUACCAUGGGCGGGUGAGGCAUCGGUGGCGGUCCUCCUGGUUCACACCAGUGAGGCUGUAGAGAUCCUCAAGCGACACCGGGAAACAGACCCCGACCGUGGCUUCUACUAUGGCUACUUUGUGGGCAAGAACUCUCAGGGUGCUCGAGUGGAGGAGAAGGCGGCCUGCAACGUGAAAUGGGAGGGGGUGGGCCUACCUGGUAAGGGGGCCUGUUGCUGUGAAUACCCCGAUUUAAAGGCAAGGCUGACGUGGCACUGCCGUAAACCCCCAACUCUCCCAUGCCACACCCUGAUGCACCAUGGUAUGGGUCCCUAUUACGUGAAUCACUGGACAGAUCUUGAAGAGGCCAUCAUGGACAGACAAUAUGUGCAGCGUUGGAUCAAGGGUGAUUCACGAGUAGUUCGAGUCCUUGCUUCUAAUUCAACUAUUGGACAAAGAGAGCGAUGUAAACCUGGAAUGCCCACACCGAUCCCAGCAGGAUUCUUCAUGGAUGACGUUUGGACGUCAUUUGUGUGUGCCACCCGUGAUUUUAAGGCUUCCGAUGACAAAGCUCAGUGUUUGAGGAACAAACACAUCUACAUGAUGGGAGACUCCACUCUCUUACAGUGGUACGACUUCAUCAUCAGUUCCAUACCAAGUCUCAGGGGCAUGACAUCACCUGGCUACCGCCAAUAUGGGCUCUAUUUGGCUGUGGAUGUGCGGAACAGCAUCGAACUACACUACUGCACACAUGGUAAUCCCCAACGCAGACCCAAGUCCAAGUUUGCAGAUAUGCACUACAUUAGUGACCAGAUCGAUGGCUUGGGUGGUGGGCCACAAACUGUUGUCAUCUUCAACAUUUGGGCGCACUUCAAACUAUUCCCACACUCCUACUUUGCCCACCGGGUGUCCCAGAUUCGCCGUGCAGUCGUGGACCUCUUGAGACGUGCGCCAGCAACCAAGGUCAUCAUCAAGACGGCUAAUACAGGACUCCCGGAUUUCCAUGGCGUUGACUGGCUAUCCCUGCAGCUGGAUCAAAUCCUGCGUGAAGUGUUCCGUGACGUGGGAGUUUACAUCCUGGAUGUGUGGCAGAUGACCUCGUGUCACUAUAACAGAGAGGACGUCCAUCCUGGCCCAGUGAUCAUCAAAAACGAAGUGGACCUUCUUCUCUCUUUUAUCUGCCCCGCAUAAGGAGCCCAAUAUCAGGGAUGAAAUAACAUAACCCAUGAUAGUCUUAUUAUUGAGGGACCCUAUAAGGCAUCGCAUAUAACUAGGGCUGCCAAUCCAUUCAAAAAAUGAAUCUAAUUACAUACUCUGUGAUUAAUUAAUCUAAAUGAAUCGCCUAUAUCAUUCUUUCUGUGAAAGUAUUUUAAAUAUUUAAAUUCAAAUGAAUCAAUUCAAUAAUCAACAUUAGUGGCAUUACAUUUUAAAAACUUUUGUUAUUUUCACUGUUCAAAUAAUGGCCAUAACAAUCUACAAUAUGACCUAAUAUGCUGAGGAAAAGGUUUAAAAAAAUACAAGGCAUUUCAGGAUGCGGUUAUAACCUAGGGGAUCACAAUGAAAAUAGAUUAACACUCCCCUUGAUGUCAACGCUAUUUCUUUGCAUUGAUGUGGUACUUUCGAGUUGAUAAAAGUAAAUGAUCCAAUCAAUGAUCCAGGCAGGGUAUUUCCAUCUCCCUCCUUCAUUUUACAGUCUAAUGGUUACUGAUCAGAACGGCUCCGGGUCAAAGGUCAUACAGAAUCAGUCAAUCAUUGUUUAUUUUAAUCAUUUAUUUUUUUCUCAAAGUAAUGAAUUGAAAUCAAUGUAAUAUUUGGACAGCCCUAAAUAUAACCCAUGUUAUAUGACUGAGGGGCCUCAUUCAGAUGUCAUGGGUGGAGAACAUAGCACCUUCACACAGAGGCUUUGGCUUCAGGGCCCCUUAGGCCCAGACACAGAUUUACAUUUAGCAGACACUGUUGUCCGAAAUUACUUACAUACUAGUGCAAUGCCCGUACAAACAAUGUUCUCCAAGAAAGUUGUUGCCAAAUGACGUUGAUGCAGGUAGAUCAUGUUAGAUUGUGAUGAUGUAGAAUCAAGCCCGUGCAAUUAGUAGAGCUUUUUACUGUCUUUGCAAAGGAAAAAAAGUGAAGGGGAAAGGCGUUUGAGUUGCAGCUAAUGGCAAUAUUAGACAUAUUACAUACCUGUGCGUUUUUGCUGUUGUUGGAAAAUGAUAGCCUAAAGCUAAUCGUGGCCUAAAAGCUGACCAUGGCAAUGCCAGUGCUAUGAACUCGGAAGUGAUGUUUGAAUGAAUGUUAUGCCCAUAGCCCAAAGCCAUCGAUGGCUUUGCCAUAGCCGAUGUCCAGAUAGAAUCAAGAAUGGCUGUUUUAAAUGCAAAUUUUAACAGAAUGCUACCGACGUGUGUAUCGGCAUUGCAAGAUCAGCAACCUGAUCAGGCAACAGAACCGCUAGGCAACCGCGGUUGUUGAUGAGUAGGCUAGCUAUGCAAAGUUGACUUUAACAGCCUGCUUACCAACAUGGGUGCAAGUGUGUCGGACUCAGCAUGUUUAUCCAACAUUAACAGUCUUGAAACGGUCCUUUGUUUAUGUGAGACAUCGUCAUUUCCAUGAAUGGCAAGUGGCAACACGUGAGUUUGUCAGCGAAAUGUGCUUUUUUGUUUCUAUGCUGGAGUGAGUGAGAAGGGGCGUGGCUAAAGUGCGGAGAGCGGUAGAAUUGUGGGAUUGCGGUAUGAGUUGUAUUUUGCUUAAUUUAACAAUAUCUUUGUAAUUUUUUGUUCAAAAAUGACCAAACUUUGCACUGCACUCACGCAUGUCAUUAGCAAGACAUGUGUGGAAUUGUAGGUCAGUCGGAUGAGUGGUUUGAGAGUUAUGCGUGGCACAGACAGACAGAGUGACACACAGAGUGACACACAGACAGACGUUCCUUGCAUUAAUAGAUAGAUAGAUAGAUAGGCAGAUAGAUGUCAACUGUAUUACAAGGGAUUACAUUGUCCCCAGAGCAACUUGGGGUGAAGUGCUUUGCUCAAGAGCACAAUGGUGGAAGCCAGAAACUGAACCCACAGCUUUCAGGCUACUAUACACUAGCCCAGCUCCUUAACCACUACACUACCACCACCCAGUAGGCCCAUUCAGUAUUCAAUUUAAUUUCUACAGAGAAAUAUUAUUGAUAGUGUAUAACUUUGUUUUACUUGUAUUUUUGUUCUAACUUUGGUCCAGGAUAAUCGUCUACAUGCUGCCGUACAGAAUUUUCUUUAUCACUGAAGUAUUUGGAGAAUUUGUAGAUUUGCUAGAAUUUUUUUUUUUUUUUUAAAUGUUGAAGGUGAUGUUGAACCUAUGAAGGUGAUGUUGAUUUUGUUUUGACGGUAUAGUCUUGGUUGUAAAUUGCCUGCUGGGAAAUUCCCUUUUUGUGGCUCAAGGAAUACCUCUCCUGUUACUGAAGGAUUAUUUUGUUGGUGUGUCCAUGAAUCCGACAUGCCACUCAAGGCCAUUCCUCUCAACCCU